UGGAAAGAGGAGGAGAAAGCAGCCGAACGCACACAGGUAGAUCACAGACUUGUAGUGACUCAUAGAAACAUGUUACCUAAAAAACAAAAAUGAAAUAAGCAACAUCUUGGAGAUUACCUGGAUGAAUCUAUCAGAGGGUGAUUUAUUUUAAGGAGGUUUAGGAUUCAGAGAGGAGCUGUGAUUUCUGGAGAAAGCCCUCCGUCGACGUUUUUAAUGCCAACAUGGAGCACUUGUCUCUGGGCGUGUUCCAUUAGGAAAUAUAUUCCUGUCAACAACCGGAUAACUGAGUCAUUUUGAUUAACGGUUCCCAGGCUGGAAAACACGAUUGAGCGCUAAAAAUCUGUACUUGUUUUGAAGAUUUAACAAGAUUUAAUGCAGGUCGGCCGGGUGAUGGUGAUGGACCAGGACACUCAGUGGCUGUACCAUCUCCUGGCCGAGGUCCAGCUGGAGAAGUUCUACCUACGCGUCAGAGAUGGCCUCAACAUCACCCGCACUGAGCACUUCAACUACGUCAAGGAGUCCGACCUGGAGCACAUCGGGAUCAGCAAACCUGCACAAAGAAGAUUAUUUGAUGCUCUGAAACGCUACAAGACAAAUUCCCGAGGACGGUCAUGGGUGCCCAAGGCCACCAGCGGAGGGGAGCAGUGGAGCGGAGGCGGCCAGGCUCAGGCUCAGGAGGCGGGUAGCCGGGCUCUACCAUCUCUGAUCCAGGACAGCGAGCUGACUCUGGGAGAGAAGCUGGGCUCUGGGUCCUUUGGGGUGGUUAAGAGGGGAGAGUGGCACACGCCUACCGGCAGAGUGUUGCCUGUAGCAGUAAAGUCACUAAGGAGCAGCAUGUCCAAGCAGACGGACACACUGACAGACUUCCUCCAAGAGGUGACCAUCAUGCAGUCACUGGACCACCCCAACAUCAUCCGACUUUAUGGCGUGGUUCUCACACGGCCCCUCAAGAUGGUGACAGAACUGGCCCCCAUAGGCUCACUAUACGACAUCCUGCGCUCCCGUCAGUUCGAGUACCCGCUGCUCCGCCUCUGGCUCUUUGCGUCCCAGAUCGCGGCGGGUAUGGACUACCUGGAGACCAGGAGAUUCAUCCACAGAGACUUGGCUGCGAGGAACGUCCUGCUGGCAUCCAGGGAGAUGGUUAAGAUCGGGGACUUUGGCCUGAUGAGAGGCUUGAGCCAAGAGACGGAUCACUAUGUGAUGACAGCACACAGAAGAAUCCCAUUUGCAUGGUGUGCUCCAGAGAGUCUUCGUGUCGGCUCCUUCUCCCAUUCCUCUGACGUGUGGAUGUUUGGUGUCACCAUGUGGGAGAUGUUCACCUACUGUGAAGAGCCCUGGUUCGGCCUGUCAGGCAGACAGAUUUUGUGGCGUGUGGAGAGGGAGGGUGAGCGCCUGGAGAAACCGCCGGAUUGCCCCAAAGAACUGUACUCCGUCAUGAGGAAGUGCUGGGCCUGCAAUCCUUCGGACAGACCAACCUUUAUCCAGCUCACCAAAAUGGUGGCAGAGGCUAAACCAAUGGAGGUGCAAGCAACAAGAGACUUCGCUGAACCCAGAAAACUUGCACUUGUGGCCAACGACCUUGUGACCGUCAUAGAACAUGGUCUGGAGCUGAGUGAGUGGAGAGGCCAGAACCAGAAGACGCUGGCAGUCGGCUGGUUUCCUGCGAGCCUCACUGUGCCGUUAUCCACUUCUGCUGCCACUGCAGGCAACCCUGCCGCCUACAUCUCAACCCCACUGAAUGGCAGCCUGCAACACAUGGCGCACGGAGACAUCAAACCUGAGCGCUGCUGGGGAGCACCUGUUAACCUGGACGACAGUGGCAACUGGAGGACAGGCCCUCCCAGAGAGAACGAGGGCUCCAAUCUGCAGAAAAUGGCAGGUCUCUGUCAGAGCCUUGAGUCAGUUAUGAACGGACAGCGGCCCAGGGCCAACACAGUAGGGGCCCUCCGAGUGGAUCAGCAGGGCCGACUCCUCCCACCUGGGAUAGCAGCUCGCAGUGUGUUGAUGCAGCAGGACCCACGGCGGUUCAGCGAGGCCAGUAUCCUCCCGCCUCCGCGACCGCCGCCCCCCAACCCGAAUAGCUUUAACAUGAAACCCCUGAGGAAGCCAACAAUCCACCCAGCCUCGGGCAACCCAUGGCCCCCACAGUUGGUCCUGUCCCCUCCACCGCAGACGCAGCCUCAACCUCAACCUCAACCUCAACCUGUACAACGUUACCCACCUCAGCAGGUCAUCGGGGGCUCCAACCUGGCUAAAAUGGCCCACAUGGCUCGCUCAACCCCGCAGCUGGAUGAUUACACGGACAGAGAUCGAGAGAGGGAGCGAGUCAGAGAACGAGAUAAGUCGCCUCAUGUGCCGAACACAAGAGACACACUCACCACACAGGUCAUGGAGGCAGUUCAUGGAGUGACCAUUGAAGAGGUUCGUAGUGCACUUCAGCGUAAUGACUGGAACCCAGUGCGAGCAGAACAACAACUCAAGUUGGAGCAGCUGUACCUGCUGAGCCUUUGCUCCAGAGAAGACUGUCUGAAGAUCCUCUCCAGAUACCAUUGGAACCUGCAGAUGGCCAGCAGCUACCUGCUCCGAUGGUCACGGGACGAGAGGCCCCCAGCUAGUACAGAGAGACGAGUCUGAAGGGAUUUUCUAGCUGAUUUUUACGUUUAUUCAUUCAUAAAUUCAACAACAAUUCUGGCACUGGAAGCUGCCCAACACAACUAUGGAAGGUCAGGUGCAUAUAUGAGUAGAAAAGUGAAGAUUUAUGAAUGUAAAAAGGAAAAAAAAAAUUCUAACAGGUAUCAAGCACAAAGACUACUGACUACUGUUUUUGUAUUUUUAAUGAGACGCACAUUUCUGCAUCUUGCAAUUUUCUUUUUAUCUUAAUGCAUUUGUAUAUAUUGUAUGAAAAUGUUUUGUUUAUUGAAUUAAAGUGAUUGUCUGGUCUUAAUGCACA